AUGCCCCACCGGUCGGCGUUGCGUACGCUUCCCAACCGCCAGCAGUCGUCCAAGAGCCACAUGGUGGCGGCGGCCGGUGUCGCCAUUUGUGCCACGGCAGUGAUUGUCGGUGGUGCCCUCAUCGGUGAAGCUGUCGCCGAUGGCCAUGAAACUAUGGCGGCUGCUGCGGUGGAGGUUGUGGUGCGCACUAUGAUCACACGCGUAACAUUCUUUGAUCCCACUCAGGUCGAUGGCGCUGAUGGGACCACGACAUGCUACGAGAACUAG